UCAUAGUUACAUAGGCCACGUAGAGAGAGAGAGAGAGAGAAUCUUUAUUGUACAGAGGGAACAAGGUCACUCUAACUGAGGACGCUUUGCUUCCUGAACCAAACAACGACAUUUUUUUGGGCUUGUGGUUGCGUGCGUUAUGCUCUCUAGUCUCUAGUUUUGUUCUUGUUUUGGGGGAACUCUUUGAGCCUAAUGGAAUCUCUCUGCUUGUCAUUUUUUUCUUUGUUCUUAUUCCAUACAGCCUAAAACAAACUAGUCUAGAGGAUACAUAUAGACAGAGAGGAGAGAGAAAGGAGGGGAACCCAGUCACUCACUCACUCAGAGUGCAAAACAGAAGAGAAAGGGAAUCAAAGAAAGAAAAAAAACAGCUAGAUUGCAAUCCCACACCACAACUGAUAUUUAUCUCUCUUUUUGUGUUGUUCUUUGUCUUUGGUGGGUUUCUCUUAGGCUCUAAUUUUUUGGUGUCCGUAUUUUCAAUCUUUUGGUGGUGGCUUUGAGUACUUCAUUUGAUGGGUUGAGACUGUCUGGAAGGCAGUGUUUUUGAGACCCAACUUGCGAAUUUCUUUUAUUUUCUUGCUGAGUGGUUGGUGGUGUCAAAGUUGAAAGAAAAGUUGAUUUUCCAUUUGGGUUUCCUUUUUUACUGUGCUUUCUUGGUAAAGAAAUGGAGGGAUGUUCAAACAAGGAUGAGGUGGCAUGUCCACAGUUGCUGGAUUUAAUACCUAAAGACAGAGAAUGGCUUUUACAAAGGGAUGAACAAGGAAGCCAUGGAUAUUCAGAGGAGAAAAAGCUUGAGUUAAGGCUUGGUCCACCAGGUGAAGGAGACUGGACCAUAAAAAAUGGUACUGAUCAAAAUAACUCUACAGAAAGAGAAAGAGAGGACUCUAUUCUCUCUCUUGGGUAUUUCUCAAACAUGAAAACUGUUGAGAACUCUUGGAUCAUGAACAACAAUGGAAACCAAAACCACAAGUUUUCUUUCUCAGAAAACCCAAUUGGGAUCACUGCCUUAUCAUCUCCAUCAUGGUCAUCUUCAACUUUUCAUGCAAUACAGACCCAACAACAGCAACGGCAACAACAACAACAAUUUCUUCAGCUGCAAUCAAACCCACAUGGCUUGCCUGUUAUGGCAAAGGAAUCAUCACAGCCCUGUCACUCUAAACCGGUAGACUUGCAGAAUGCUGCAGAAAAGAAGGCAUUUUCACCAGCUUCUGCAAAUACAGCUGUACCCAACAGCUCUCAGAAAAGAACUGCUCCUGCUUCAGUGGUGGGGUGGCCUCCGAUUCGUUCGUUUAGGAAGAAUCUUGCCAGUAGCUGCUCAUCCAAACCAACUUCAGAGUCUCAGAAUUUGGUCCCAAUUGAGGUUCCCAAUCACAAGCUGGUUGAAAGUUGCAGAAAAGAUUUCUUUGUGAAGAUCAAUAUGGAUGGAGUUCCCAUAGGAAGGAAAGUUGAUCUUAAAGCCUAUGACAGCUAUGAAAAACUCUCCUCUGCUGUUGAUGAUCUCUUUAGAGGCCUUCUUGCAGCUCAAAGAGAUUCCUCGCCUGGUGGAAUCGAGAACAAGCAAGAGGCAGAGAAAGCAAUUACGGGUUUAUUAGAUGGAAGCGGGGAAUAUACGCUUGUUUAUGAGGAUAAUGAAGGAGACAGGAUACUUGUUGGGGAUGUCCCAUGGCACAUGUUUGUAUCUACCGUGAAAAGGCUUCGCGUGUUGAAAAGCUCUGAGCUCUCAACAUUGUGCCUCGGUAGUAAGAAAGAAAUGAUCCAGGUUGAUGUUGGGUCGAAGUGAAGACAAGUAAAAUUUCUUUAAAGAAUUUUCGCCAAGUUUUGGAGACCUGAUUUGUGCUCUCGACAUUUUGGAUUGUAUUUUCUAUGGCUAAUGACAAAAAGAGAGCAUUGUAGUUGAAAUGGACUUGUUUUUCUUGAAAUGAUAUCCAUAUGCUUUUCAUAGUUUUGCCCUC